AUGUCUAUCAGCCUUCGAUCAAUUUCGUCCCUGAAACCAACGCUCGACCGGAUUCUGGUCCAACGUGUCAAAGCGGAGACCAAGACCGCAUCAGGCAUUUUCUUACCUUCAUCCGUCACAGAGAAGCAGGUACCCGAAGCCACGGUCCUGGCCGUAGGUCCAGGAGGGCGUGAUCGUGACGGAAAACUUAUCCCAAUGGAAUUCAAAACCGGAGAUAAGGUCCUCCUGCCAAGCUACGGCGGCCAAUCCAUCAAGGUUGGGGAUGAGGAAUACCAUCUGUUCCGUGACGCCGAAAUCCUAGCAAAAUUUACAUAG